AACGCGAUCCAAACUUCCGGUGCCUGCAGCUCAGCAAGCAGCCUUGGAACUGACUGCACAGGCUGCACCAGCUGAGGCUGCACGGACUGAGGCUGCCGGGCGGAGGGGCGGGCAGGCGCAGCCAUGGUGAAGAUCAGUUUCCAGCCCGCGGUGGCCGGCAUCAAGACCGAAAAGGCAGACAAGGCGUCGGCGUCUGCCCCGGUAUCUGCUCCGGCCGCCGAGAUCCUGCUGACGCCGGCGAGGGAGGAGCGGCCCCCUCGCCACCGCUCCAGGAAAGGGGGCUCGGUGGGCGGCGUGUGCUACCUGUCCAUGGGCAUGGUCGUGCUGCUCAUGGGCCUCGUCUUCGCCUCCGUCUACAUCUACAGAUACUUCUUCCUUGCUCAGCUGGCCCGAGAUAACUUCUUCCACUGUGGUGUGCUCUAUGAGGACUCCCUGUCCUCCCAGAUCCGGACUCGGAUGGAACUGGAAGAGGACGUGAAGAUUUACCUCGAAGAGAACUAUGAGCGUAUCAAUGUCCCUGUGCCCCAGUUUGGCGGUGGGGACCCUGCAGACAUCAUCCAUGACUUCCAACGGGGUCUCACUGCCUACCACGACAUCUCCCUAGACAAGUGCUACGUCAUUGAGCUGAACACCACCAUCGUCCUGCCCCCUCGCAACUUCUGGGAGCUUCUCAUGAACGUGAAGAGAGGCACCUACCUACCACAGACGUACAUCAUCCAGGAAGAGAUGGUGGUGACAGAGCACGUCAGUGACAAGGAGGCCUUGGGCUCCUUCAUCUUCCACCUGUGCAAUGGGAAGGACACCUACCGGCUACGGCGCCGGGCUACCAGGAGACGGAUCAACAAACGAGGAGCCAAGAACUGCAACGCCAUCCGGCACUUUGAGAACACCUUUGUGGUGGAGACGCUUAUCUGUGGGGUGGUGUGAGGCCUCUCCCCCAGGCCCACCCAUACCCUCUUCUUUCUCCUUCUGGCCACUCUCUGGCCCUCCUCCCUCCCCCUGCUUAGCUUGUACCUUGGGCGCCUUUCCAUAGAUGUGACGUGUCCCACCUUUCUUUUCCAGCCCUGCCCACCUCCCUGUACCAGGGCCAGGAUCUCUUGAGGCCCCUACCUCUGCUGGCCUCCCAGGUGUGGGGUGGGAGAAAACAGUUGCCCAAGAUGGUUUCUGUGACCCAUCAUCUUGAAGUCAACUCCCCAGUGGCUGGGCCAAGGGGAAGGACUAAAGGGAGGGGUCCUGGACACGUGACGGCCUGGGGCAGGGACAUGGACAGGGACUCGGCAUGGGAUUCAGAAAUACCCUGCACAGCUGGAGAAGUCCUGAAGACUUUUCCUUGCAUGGUGCACCUCCUCUGCCGUCCUGGUUUGUAGGCAUAAUUGUGGACUAACGAUAGGAGCUGUGUCCUGGGUCUGACCCGUCAGAGCACAAAGACAUGGUGGUUAUCCCGGGGUCUCUCAGGACUCCUGCCUGUGCCUUCAGCCUACCAGAAAGAGUCUGGAGUUUGGGGGUGGGAUGAAUCUGCCAAGCACAAUUGUUGUCUGAGUGGAACCAAAGAAAUAAGGAACCGGCUGCCUCCUGGCCUGGCACCUAGAACACAAGCUGCCCACAGCCAAGUCAGGAGCAGGCGGGCAUGGAGGGACAGGCACGGUGGGGAGUCAUCUGCAGGGAACUGCAGGCUCUGGGCAGUGGGCGAGCUCAUGCUUUUCCAUAGGCCAGCGCUGCUGUGAAAGAUGGAAGGGGGAGGGAGAGCCCCCUGGUACUUUGUCCCUGCCUCCUCCUGUGGGGGAGCGCCACGUUUUCCCUUCUCCUUCUCACUUUUGCAUGUUUUUACUGAUGUUCCAUGUGCUCACCGUCCUCAGCCCUGGGCCUGGGAGAGGCUUUGGUGCCUCCAGUCAGACUUGGGUGCUCCCUGGAGAUGAAACUCUUAAAUGCUUUGUAUAUUUUCUCUAUUAGAUCUCUUUUCAGGAGUGUCUGUAGAAAAUAAAAAAUCUUAUACUUC